AUGGCCCCUACUACCAAGCAAGGCACCGCCGGCAAGGCUAAUGCUGCCGCCAAGGCAGUCGUGAAGGGAAACUCCCUUCACAAGUCCCGUAAGGUCCGCACCUCGACCACCUUCCACCGCCCCAAGACCCUCCAGCUCUCGCGGUCCCCCAAGUACCCCCGUGUGUCGAUCCCCCACCAGCCCGUCCUCGACGCCCACAAGAUCGUUCUCUACCCCCUCAACACUGAGAGCGCCAUGAAGAAGAUCGAGGAGAACAACACCCUCGUCUUCAUCGUCGACGUCAAGGCCAACAAGCGCCAGAUCAAGGCUGCUCUUAAGAAGCUGUACGAUGUUGACACCCUCAAGGUCAACACCCUGGUCCGCCCCGACGGCUCCAAGAAGGCUUUCGCCCGUUUGACCGCUGAUGUCGAUGCUCUUGACAUCGCCGCCACCAAGCUGGCUAUCGUCUAA